AAUUCAUUUAUCUCGAGUAGAGAGGUGAAGAACUCUUUUCUUCUCGUCAUGAAAGCUUUAUCUGUUUUAGCACCGUCGUUAGUUUUGUUAGUUGUCAAGGCGACGUUUUCGCAUGGUGGAGAGGAAGGCACGGGUCUACCGCACUACGAAGGAAGAAUGGAGUCCACAGAACAAAGCAGUUAUAUCGAUAAGAGAGGAUAUGAAGAGGAAGUACUGAGUGUUGAUUCAGAUGUCAAGGGUUUGCAAUAUAAGACUGUAAAAAAACAGGCGGAGAGAUUAAACGACGGAAGAGUCUCAGAAAAGGUAUGGAAGCCAAUUAAAAGUCCUCGGAAACGAUCUCAUCCAUACGACUGUCCUCCUGGAUGGAUUUCACCGUGGGAUUACGCUGGUUCACACGGGCUAUGCAGCUCAAAUUGUGGCAGCUGUGAUGCAGGCUUUGGUGGGGACGGAUUUGACUCCGGGUGUGGAUGUGAUGAGUGCGUCGGAUGUGGUGGAUGUUGUGGUGGUUAUGGUGGAUGUGAAUGCGGUAAAUUCCAUGGUGGGGUUUUUCGUCCGGGUGGUCGACGUUUUCCGCGGCUGUUUAACGAAGGGGGUGUUCAGCACGUUUGGUUGAGUAAGUGAAAAAUACUAUGAACGUUUCAAAUGUUUUGGCAUUUAACUUAGCUGCUAGAAUGAUGUCUUUGUAAGUGUAAAAUGAAAAAAAUUUGAAUGAUAAAUGACAGUGUAAUAAAAUAGCUAUUUGCGAUUAAAAUUCAUUAUACCGUGGCUUUCAGGCUAAGGAACAUUCCCGUUAAAAUCUGCUGACACUGUUUAAUUCAGAUUUAAAAAAAUUGACUCUUUACGCUACUUUCAUUUCAUUGACGCUAACGAACCUGAACAUGACUGCCUCUUACUAGAGAAAACUACAUUAAUAGUAACAUUUAGCUUGAAGAAUUACUUAUCCUUUACAAUGCAUGACAAUUCAAGCUUCCUUGGUCAAUUUUGUAUUCUUAAUUGUUCUCACAGGAGAUGGCCGAACACGAAGAUACAUUCCUUCUCCGUUGCUGAUCCCGCGAAACUUUCACCGCUGAGCUAUGUACUUCUCUCUUAGGAAUUUCUACAUUGAAGUUGCAAAUCCUUUUUCCAAAAGUUGUAAGAUAAAAAGUACGUACAUGAAGAAUUUAAUAAAAACCAUU